GGAUCCGCUCCCUCCUGCUAGCCCAUACCCUGCAUUUCCUGCAGCAGAAGCAUGCGCCAAGAGAUGGAGAGCAAAGUCCUGCUCCUGGUGGCCCUGGGAGUGUGGCUUCAGAGUUUGACUGCCUUCCACAGAGGGGUGGCCGCAGCAGUCGAGGGAAGAGAUUUUGCAAACAUUGAAAGUAAAUUUGCCCUAAGGACCCCUGAAGACACAGCUGAGGACACUUGUCACCUCAUUCCUGGAGUAGCAGAAUCUGAGUCUGACUGCCACUUCAAGCACAGCAGCAAGACCUUUGUGGUGAUCUAUGGCUGGACCGUGACAGGAAUGUGUGAGAGUUGGGUGCCCAAACUUGUGACCACCCUGUGCAAGAGAGAACCUGACUCCAAUGUCAUUGUAGUGGACUGGCUAUAUCGGGCCCAGCAACAUUAUCCAGUGUCUGCUGGCUACACCAAGCUGGUGGGAAACGAUGUGGCCAGGUUCAUCAACUGGAUGGAGGAAGAAUUUAACUACCCCCUGGACAAUGUCCACCUGUUGGGGUAUAGCCUCGGAGCCCAUGCUGCUGGGGUGGCAGGAAGUCUGACCAACAAGAAGGUUAACAGAAUCACUGGCUCGGAUCCAGCCAGGCCUAACUUUGAGUAUGCAGAGGCCCCCAGUCGCCUUUCUCCUGAUGAUGCAGAUUUCGUGGAUGUCUUACACACAUUCACCAGAGGGUCACCUGGCUAAAGUAUUGGGAUCCAGAA